UCCGCCCCUCCCCCGCCUCCCCCUCCCCCGCCGACCUCCUCCUGGCGAAUCGGAGCCGCUUUUUGGAUUUUGGGGCUCUGUAACAACCUCCCUUACGUGGUGAUGCUCAGCGCUGCCCGCGACCUGCUGGAGCCACGCCCCGGGGAAGAGCAGCGGAAUCGGAGCCGAUACGACUGCGACCCCGUGGGGACCGGGGCCGUCCUAUUGGCCGACGUCGUCCCGGGCUGGUGGUGAAGCUGCUGCUGCCCCUGGUGGGGCCCUACCUGCCCAUCAGGAUCCGCGUGGUGGCCGUGGCUCUGUGCCUGUGGGGCAGCGUCAGCGCCGUGGCCGCGGCCAAAGGGACCCUGAGCGGCCUGGGGGGUGUGGCUCUGGGCAGUGCGGGGGCGGGGCUUGGUGAGGUCACAUUCCUGACCUUGGCCUCCUCCUACCCCAGCAGCUCCGGGCUCUCCCAUUGGUCGUCAGGGACGGGCGCGGCCGGAGUGGGCGGAGCUUUGGGGUUUUGGGGUUUGAGGGCGUGGCUGCCCCUCCCCCACGCGCUGCUGCCCUUCCUGGCCCUGCCCCCAUUGAUGCUGCUCAGUUUUUUUUUCCUGCUGGGCCCGGCCCCUCCCCCCAGGCCAGACCCGCCCCUCCCCCACCCUGACGAAGGGGGCGGGGCCAGAGAGGAGAAAUGGGGCGUGGCCAAGGCCGCUUUCUGCCAGGGGGCGCCGCUGGCCCUCGUUUACUUCGCCGAAUACUUCGUUAACCAGGGGCUGAUGGAGCUCCUCUACUUCCCGUCCUCGCCCCUCCCCCACAGCGCCCAGUACCGAACGCUGCAGCUGCUGUACCAGGCCGGCGUCUUCGCCUCGCGCUCGUCCCUGCGCUGCCUCCGCCUGCGGCGCCUCUGGGGGCUGGCGCUGGCACAGGUGCUGCUGGCCUCGUUCCUAUUGGCCGCCGUGGCUGUCAAUCACCUGCUGCCCGGGCUGGGCGUGGCCGCGGCGCUGGCGCUGGGGGAGGGGCUUGUGGGGGGCGGGGCCUACGGGAACGCCUUCAGCAACCUGGGCGAGCAGGUGCCCCUCCCCCAGCAGCCGCUGGCCAUCGCUGUGGUCACUCUGGGGGCCGAAGUCGCCAUCGCUGCGGCCGGAGGGGCCGGGCUGGGGGCGCACGCGGCGUUCUGCGGCCGGGAGUGACCACUGAGUGACCACUGACCACUGAGUGACCACUGAGUGACCACUGACCACUGAGUGACCACUGAGUGACCACUGAGUGACCACUGAGUGACCACUGACCACUGAGUGACCACUGAGUGACCACUGAGUGACCACUGACCAGUGAGUGACCACUGAGUGACCGCUGAGUGACCACUGAGUGACCGCUGAGUGACCGCUGAGUGACCGCUGAGUGACCACUGACCAGUGAGUGACCACUGAGUGACCACUGAGUGACCACUGACCAGUGAGUGACCGCUGAGUGACCGCUGAGUGACCGCUGAGUGACCACUGACCGCUGAGUGACCACUGAGUGACCACUGAGUGACCACUGACCGCUGAGUGACCACUGGAUUGGCCUUGGAGUGACCACUGAGUGACCACCGGAAUGGCUUUAGAGUGACCUUUGGAUUGGCCUGCAAGUGACCAUGAACUGACCACUGAGUGACCACUGAGUGACCGCUGAGUGACCACUGAGUGACCACUGAGUGACCACUCACUGACCACUGAGUGACCACUGAGUGACCACGGAGUGACCGCUGAGUGACCACUGAGUGACCACUGACCAGUGAUCACUGAGUGACCAGUGAGUGACCACUGAGUGACCACUGACCACUGAGUGACCACUGAGUGACCACUGAGUGACCGCUGAGUGACCGCUGAGUGACCACUGAGUGACCGCUGAGUGACCACUGAGUGACCACUGAGUGACCACUGAGUGACCACUGAGUGGCCAUUGAGUAACCACCAGAGUGACCCCUAAAAGUGACCACAAAGUGACCACAGAGUGACCUUUGGAUUGGCCUGCAAGUGACCAUGAACUGACCACUGAGUGACCAUUGAGUGACCACUGAGUGACCCCUGGAUUGGUCAAGGAAUGACCAUGGAGUGACCAUUGAGUGACCCUGGAAGUGACCACAGAGUGACCACAGAGUGACCGCUGGAAUGGCCUUGGAGUGACCACAGAGUGACCAUUGGAUGACCCUGGAAGUGACCACUGAGUGACCACUGGAUUGGCCUGGAAGUGACCACUGAGUGACCACAAAGUGACCACAGAGUGACCACAGAGUGACCGCUGGAAUGGCCUUGGAGUGACCACAGAGUGACCAUUGGAUUGGCCUGGAAGUGACCAUGAACUGAUCAUUGAGUGACCAUUCAGUGACCACUGAGUGACCACUGGAUUGGCCUGGGAGUGACCAUGGAGUGACCAUUGAGUGACCAUUCAGUGACCACUGAGUGACCCUUGGAUUGGUCACUGAGUGACCCUGGAAGUGACCACUGAGUGACCACUGGAAUGGCUUUGGAGUGACCACAGAGUGACCAUUGGAAGUGACCAUUCAGUGACCACUGAGUGACCACUGGAUUGGUCAAGGAAUGACCAUGGAGAGACCAUUGAGUGACCACUGAGUGACCACUGGAUUGGUCAAGGAAUGACCAUGGAGAGACCAUUGAGUGACCCUGGGAGUGACCAUUGGAUUGGCCUUGGAGUGACCACAAAGUGACCGCUGGAAGUGAGCCUUGGAUUGGUCACUGAGUGACCCUGGAAGUGACCACUGAGUGACCACAGAG